UCCUGUCCAAAUCGUGACCUGACAGUCUAUGGAAUAUAACCUAAAAAUUGAUCUGAUUUAGCCAUUAAUUGGACGGUUAGGAUUGUUUUCUAAGUGGAACAACUUUAGACAUUUAAGUCCAUCCACAAUAGCACUCAUAAUCUGGACCGUCCAAAUAACUUUAAGUGCCACGUGUGACCAGGAUUAGUCACUAUCAUUUAUUACAUUGUGGAAAACACACAUGGGUGUCUGUCCCAUUGCUGGACUGGACAAUCUAACCGGUCAAAUCCUUUUCUCCAAUCCUAAGGGUUGUGAGCAGUUGGCCUUUUAAAAAUAAACCGUUCAACUUACAGGUGACGGAGUGGCCCACCUAUUGUGAAUUUUACACGAUCUCCACAAGUGGUCCACCAAUGGUGAUAUCCCCAUAUGAAUAGUUCCAUUCACAUAAGGUGGGCCCCACCCCAGACGUAGGGUAUAUGUCCUACGAACUACAACCUUGAGUUGUCUCGCAACUCACCUUACCUUUUACUUUCUUUGGAAGGAGAAAAUUUCAACGUCCUCACUAACCGUUGGCCUCUCUUCCAACGGAAUUGUUGGCAUUUUGUGCGCGUUUGCUGCUAUAUAACGCAAAUGCCUCUUUGCGUGGUGAGGGGGUAAAACAAGGGAAGAUGGAACUACUAAGCCGAGCAUUAGCAUUGAUAUAUGUCAUGGGCCUAGCCAUGGCCCAUGUGGGCCAGGCCCAAUCCUCUCCCAAAGAGUUCGUAGCGCUUCACAACGCGGUGCGUGCGGAAGUGGGCGUGGGCCCGAUGACAUGGGACACGACUGUUGCGUCAUAUGCUGAGUCCUAUGCAAAAGAAAGGGCUGCCGAUUGCGAACUGGUGCACUCAGGUGGGCCCUAUGGAGAGAACAUUUACUGGGGCAUUGGUGCCGGGUAUGACGAUGCUAGAGCCGCCAUGAAGAAUUGGGCUACUGAGAAGCAAUACUAUGACCAUGAGAACAACAAGUGCAUGAGCGGGCAAGAAUGCCGGCAUUACACUCAAAUCGUAUGGCGCAAAUCGGUACAUCUCGGGUGUGCUAGUGUGACGUGCAAUGAUGGAAAAACGUUCAUAACUUGCAACUAUGAUCCACCUGGGAAUUACAUUGGCGAAAGCCCAUACUAGUAUUUUUAAAAGAUUUUUAUUGCAACCCUUAUUUAUUCUAUGUAAGAAAAGAAAAAAAUCACCUCAAAGGGCAUCUAGUUUUACAUGACCUGUGAGGAUAGGUCAUGAUCCAUCCAAAGUGUGGUUGGUGAUCUAAACGGUUCAGAUUUGCCAUACGACUAUGCCAUGUGUGUGGCUGGAGACUCACUACCAUCUUUUAAAUGGUGGUGAACUACCAUUCGGAGUUUGUAUUGUGUUGUUGUUGUUGUGGGGACUUGUUCUGUUUUUACGGUUUUGUUGUGCUCUUGGAAAGGCUGGCGUGCGCACGGUGUGCCCCUGGAUCAGCUACGCGUUUGUAUUCCCCCAUCCAAUGACUGUGGUUGAGAAUAUUUGAAUAUUAUACUCAUUUGGAAAUAAAUUUUUUAUUAUUCACA